AUGGUCAAGAUAAGGAAAGUUGCAAAGGCGUGGGUCGGGCCCGCGGAUCCCGAAAAGGCCGUCGCCUAUGUUCCGGACGUCUUGCCCGGAUAUAACACGGCAGGCCGCCACAAGGAUGCUGCCGCUACCGUCCAAGAUGAGGACUUCAUGACCAGAAACGGUCUGAACCUCACUUCGUUCAAGCAGCGAGAGUAUGGCCUGGGUCUCGUUGAACUAGAUCGUGCCAUGAAGACGCGCCAUUUGCACAUGAUUGCCAUUGGUGGCUCAAUUGGUGCUGGUUUCUUCGUCGGUUCCGGUGGCGCUCUCUACUCUGGUGGCCCCGGUUGGGUUUUGGUCGAUUUCUUGAUUAUUGGUGUCAUGAUGUUCAACGUCGUCUACGCUCUUGGUGAGCUGGCUGUUAUGUAUCCCGUCUCUGGUGGCUUCUACACUUACUCUACCCGGUUCAUCGAUCCUUCUUGGGGCUUCGCCAUGGGUUGGAACUACGUACUUCAAUGGGCCAUCGUCUUACCCUUGGAAUUAACCGUCUGCGCCAUUACUAUCAAAUACUGGAACGACUCAAUCAGCGAAGCCGUUUGGAUCGUCGUGUUUUUGAUUGCCAUCACAAUUUUCAACGUCUUUGGUACUGUCGGGUACGCCGAAGAGGAAUUCGUCGCAUCCGCGUUUAAGCUUGCCGCUACCGUCAUCUUCAUGAUUGUCGCCCUCGUCCUUGUUUGCGGAGGCGGACCUAAGGAUGGCCGCUUUGGCGAAUACUGGGGAGCCAGGUACUGGUACGAGCCGGGUGCGUUCAAGGACGGUUUCAUCGGCUUCUGCUCCGUCUUCGUUACCGCUGCCUUCUCGUUUGCCGGAACGGAAUUGGUUGGUCUUGCUGCCGCCGAGUCCCGCAACCCGGUCAAGGCUUUGCCCGGCGCUAUCAAGCAGGUCUUCUGGCGUAUCACUCUGUUCUAUAUCCUCGGCCUGUUCUUCGUUGGUCUCCUCGUCAGCUCCGAUGAUGAGAACCUUUUGGCCAAGGAGGGUAACUCUGGCUCUGAUACGUCGCCGUUCGUGCUGGCUGCCAAAUAUGCCGCCCUUGAGCCGUUUGACCACUUCAUGAACUUUGUCAUCCUCAUCUCGGUGCUCUCUAUUGGUGUUUCCGCCGUGUACGGAGGAUCCCGUACCCUCACCGCCCUGGCUCAGCAAGGUUUCGCCCCCAAGAUCUUCACCUACAUUGAUCGUUCGGGCCGCCCCCUCCCCUCUGUCAUUCUUCACCUCGUCUGCGGAUUGCUCGCCUUUAUGAGCAUGAACAACCGCAGUAACGAAGUGUUCAACUGGCUUCUCUCCCUUUCUGCGCUUGCCGCCCUCUUCACAUGGGGCUCCAUCUGCCUGGCGCAUAUUCGCUUCCGAGCUGCCUGGAAGCACCAGGGCCAUACUCUUGAUGAGAUCCCAUUCACGGCCAUUGGUGGCGUCGUUGGUUCGUGGAUCGGCCUUAUCCUCUGCGUCAUCGUGUUGGCUGCCACUUUCUACACCGCUAUCAGGCCUCUGAACGCCGAGAAGUUCUUCCGAGACUGGCUUUGCGUCCCCGUUGUCCUCGUUUUCUGGGCCAUUGGUUACGCCUGGAAGAGGACUGGCUGGCUUCGCGUCAGCCAGAUUGACGUUGACACUGGCCGUCGCGAGCACGAUUGGGACACGAUCAAUGCCUACCGUGCCGAGGUUGCGAAGUGGCCCAAGUGGCGCCAGAUGCUUAACAAGCUCUUCUAG